AUGAAUUCAGUCGGGAAUGUGUCUGCACAUGAUGCUGACGAUCAAGCUUAUAAUGGCGGCUACAGCACAGCUCUUCCGGCAGUGGAUACCACUUUGAAUUUGUCCAGCAUCCGUUGUCUUGAAAUCACGAGAGACAUGGCUGGCCCGCCUCCACAGUAUGACGAUUUGACCAGAUACAUUAUCACAACGAUUCUGGUUUUCGUUCCUAUUCUAACGAUUUUUGGCAACGGGGUGGUGGUCAUAGCAGUUAUCACCCACAAAAAGCUGCAAACGAUAACCAACGCUUUUGUGGUUUCCCUGGCCAUCGCUGACACGUGUGUAGCUCUGUGCGUGAUGCCGUUCUCAAUCUACCAGCAACUCAAUAACAAAGUCUGGCUUCUUGGCAAGAUCCUGUGCAAACUUUCUGCCAGCGUGGACGUUAUGAUGUGUACAGUGUCCAUCUUUCAUCUAUCAUGCCUUGCCAUAGAUCGCUACCUGGCCAUCUGCCGGCCGUUCUUGCACGGCCGGCUAACAAUUCGCUGGGUUUGUGUCAUGUUGACAUUUUGUUGGGUCACUCCUAUUUUUAUUUCCUUCAUCCCCAUCUUCAACGACUGGAAUCACAUCGGCAUUGAAGAUGUCAUCAAGUGCGCCUUUCCUGCAGACGAGAAUGUGUGUACAUUUGUGGUCAACGUACCGUUUGCUUUCAUCUGCUCCCUCAUUGCCUUUUACAUUCCUGUUGUUUUUAUGAUCGCCUGCAAUGUUCGAAUCUACAUGGCGGCCAUAAAACAGGCCCAUCAGAUUCGAACUCUGGAAGCCGCUGGAAACCACAACCACUACAGCCACUGUAGGAGGAAAAGCAAGUUCAAGCAGGAGUACAAGGCUGCCAAGACAUUGGGCAUCAUCAUGGGCUGCUUCUCCGUGUGUUGGUUCCCUUUCUUCAUCAUUAACGUCAUCGAUCCUUUGAUCGGGUACUACAUCAAUUACGAGCCGUGGCAGAUCGCCUUGUGGCUGGGUUACAUCAACUCGCUCAUGAAUCCAAUCUUAUAUUAUUACUUUAAUAAGAACUUCUACAAUGCAUUCCGACGCCUGCUCUCUUGCAAAGUCUGCAAAGGGGUGAGAGACUAUGACGACGAUAGCCUCAACACGGUGACGCAGAUGACGGAUUGA